AGCAGAAAGCUCGUAGACAAGAAGUGAGAGUAGAGGUAGAGGCCGGUGGAAAAAGGAACAAAAUAAAUAAUAUAAAAGGACUCUCAACAGCUCUGCCGAUGAUCAUUCACCAUCUUUAAGAACAUAUUUUGAGAGAGAGAGAGAAUUUGUCACCAUGGUGAAGUUGUGGAGUCGCCUCUGCUUCCUUGUUCUAGCAGUUUCAUUCAUUUCCAGAGGACAAACUGGUCCUUCUGAUUCAAAAGAUGACCAGCAUCCUAAAAACAAGACAGAUUCUUCUGAGCUCUUGACUGCUUCCCCAUCCCCGCUGUCAUUGAACACAACUGUCAAUGAAGUUACCACGCCGCCCACAUCUUUUCUUUAUGAUCAUGCAUUAUCAACUACAACACAUCUGCCAGUCUUUACGACCCAGAAUGACUCUAACGACACUGUGACUACAACAGAGGAGAUCUUAGUGCCAGAGACGACGGUCACGGCCAGUGGGAGGGAGGAAGAUCAGGUUUCCCAGACAACAGUUUCUAUGACAACGUCAAGUACCUCACCAGAGCCAUCAGUAAUUAUUGAAAACACGGGUAAUUCAUCCUGGGUCUAUGUGAUCCUGGUGUUUAUCAUCCUGGCGAUCGUUGUUCUGUGUGUCAUCCUCUACUAUCUCAGGAGAGUCUCCAGGACGUACUCGUUUGACCUCCAGCGUCCAAGUCCCGCCACCCAUCACAACGAACCAACUGGCACCUUUGAACCAGUCUACCUGGACGACCUGGAUCAACCUGCCCCUAAAAACCAAGUGACCCCUGACGACCUUUCACCUCCUCCAGUAACCAAUGGCACGACUCUACAGUCGGAGGAAAAGGGCUCCAACGGAGAUAUUGCUCCAAAGGAACAGCCAGAAGCAAACGGUCUGGCGUCUUCACCCACCAGUCACACCAGCCUCUCACUGGGCGACGACCCAGCUGAGAAGACAUCCAGCUCAUCGAGCAUUACAAACCUAUUCUUUGAUGCUGUUGGGAAGGAGCAGCAGAACGAAAACAACAACAACCCAUCGGUUUGCUCCAGUGACCCGUUCGUUGAAAUAAACCUUGAUGACCCGGCGUGUUGUGAUCAGCUCCUCACCUCCCCUGAAGCUCCUUCUUCAGUCCUCCCCUUCUCUCCUUUCUCUUUCUCCUCCUCCUCCUCCUCUUCUUCUUAGCACCUUCAUUGAUGACGCCAAGAUCAACAUGGAGGCAGCGUCUGUGUCUUUAAAAAAAUUUUUGUCUUUUAUUUCAAGUCUGCUCCUAAACAAACUGGGAUUCUUUGUCAGUGAAACAAGUGAAAAUGUAAACUUAAGCAUUUUUUUGUGAUGUGUUUCGACUGGAGGUCUUGUCUUCACCUGUGGUCUCGCAACCCGUUGUCAUCCCAGGGCGUCACAUAUGGUCGCGUUUGCAAGACCCCUUGGUGUCGCUUUUUAACACUCUGGGUACCCCUUUGGCGUAGUUUUUGUACCUCUAGGACUCCGUGGUCAAGUUAGCAAGAAUAAAUGUGCAACGUCUGGAUACACUUUCAAAAUAAAAUUAGUGGUUAUCAUUGUGAAACAUCACAAUUUGGUUAGGUUUAGGUAACAAAACUACUUGGUUAGGUGUAGGAAAAGAUCAUGGUUUGGGUUAAAAUAACUACAUUACUUACGUGAACAUACAUAAAUUAAUAAGCUGCAUAACAUCACUAAAAAGAAAUCAAUGUAAACUUUUUGUUUCACACGGGAAACGAAUCCUGGACGAAAACCCAGUUUCUGAUCCACCUGCCCCAACCAGCUCUUUACCUGGACUUUUCUGUUAUUUAAAGUUGUACUUCAAGCAUUGAACUAUGACGCUGAAGGGUGCCUUGUGCAUUGCUACCAGACACUGAAGGACGUGACAAAGCUUAGCGGUUUGACGCUCUGGGAAAGAGAACGGGCUGGGUCUUUACGCCAAAACACCAAAACAACAGCAGCUCAAUUAACCUGACUAAACGUUAGCUAACUAUCUAGCAAGACAAACAUUUUACUAUUGCAGUUAGCAGUAGCAAGCCUUUGUGUUAUCGCAGUGGUCUCUUUAAAAUGAAUGCAGCAUGUGUUUUGAUGGAGCUAUUAUCAGCCUUAACUAACUGCUGUUUCUCAAACUACAAGAAUAUGAUGCUUUCAAGCUAUUAAAAACCUGUUUCCUAACUAAAUAAUGUCUUCACUGCUAGAGAGUUACUGUAAAUAUGUUUUCUAUAUUUUAAAAUAUGGGUUAUCAAGUUUUUUUUCAGUAACUCUUUAAAUUCUGUACAACACAUUUUUAAUCUGUUUAUAAAUCCAAGAAGAUGAAAUGUUUUAGGGACUUGUGGUUUUGUUUGCUGGAUUUUUAGUAUUUGUUUUUACUUACAAUUUUUU